CCGAUCUACGUCUAAAAGAUUAAAGUGUGUCAAAGGGAAGGAAACACAACAGAAGAAAUGCAUGACAUGUAAGAGUAUAUAAAGAUGGGGAAUUCACAAACCCUCAUCUGUCACUGAAUGGACCAGUUCUAUGCUGAGGACGGACUACGAUACUGACUGUUAAUCUCAAGAUGCACAUCUCGGUGCUUUUCAAGGUCACAUUGUUGUUGGCAUUGGGAGUACUGUUCCUCGGAGCAGAUCAUUCUCCUGCAGGACGGAAAGAAGGAAAGAAGGAACGGAAAAGGGGUCCGACUAAGAAGGGCUCCCAAAGAAAGGCCAGGAAACUACAGCUAACUGUCGAUUCUACAAUAGAAAGCCAACUAGAUACCUAUCAAAUAUCUCCAAGUCGGUCAAUAUCACCGUGGACAUAUGAGGUCUCUUACGACGAAUCUCGCAUUCCGAGCCGCAUCUUCGAGGCGAAGUGUGAGAAAACAGGCUGCUUGAACAAAGAUGGGAUUGAAGACGCUGGUCUGGAAUCCAAACCCAUCUUGUACCAAUUCCUGGUGCUCAGAAGAGUAAAGGGCAAAAAGAAGGACUAUUCCUUCAGGCUGGAGAAACACACCACCAGCGUGGGCUGCACGUGUGUUUUACCGAACGUCGUGUCUCACAUGUAGUGCUGCUGUUCCUGUGUGUAUAUGACUGAAAAAAAAAAAGUUCAUACAUUUCCACGUCUCUUUCUACAAGUCACGGGUUGCUGUAUUUGUGCUUUCUUUCUAGCUCAUCAAACCAUAUAACAUAAAAGGGCUUGAAAUGAAGAGCAUCGUUAAGUUGAUUUUGUCAUUCUUUUUUUUUCACCUGUUCUUUUUUUUUUUUUUUUUUUAUAGUUUUAAUUUAAGAAUAAACGAUCAUCAAAAAGACAAAGCACAAGGUAGUGGUUUAGGAACGAGAUGCUUUUACUGACCGUUAUGUCAAAUCAUCUUCAUGAUAACUACAGAAAGAGCAAAUGGAGUUUACUGAACAAUUCACAUCGACAUUAUUUUGUAAAUUCGUCUAACGUCUAAUGUAUGUUAGCAGGUGGAAUAAUAACAUAAAGAAAAAGAUCCCGAGAUACAUUCACAUCUAAUGCUAGUUCUCUUAUUGCCACUUCAUUCAAAUAUAAGUACAUUCUCUCUCUCUCUCUCUCUCUCUCUCUCUCUCUCUCUCUCUCUCUCUCUCUCUCUCUCUCUCUCUCUCUCUCUCUCU